AUGAUGGAUAAAAAAAUAAUUGGCUUAUACUUAAUAAAGACUGUGGCACAGUAGAAAUUAAUAAUUCUAUGCAAAAGAAAGGGAUUGUAUAUAAUGCAAAAGAAGAAUUAUUAUAAGUUGGAAUAAUAAUAUUAGAUCUUUGUGAUUCAUCUUUAAGUAAAUAAGAAAGAAUUCAAAUUCAAAAGUAAAAUUUAUAUUUACUUUUAAAGUGUAUUUAGACCACAUAUAUUGUAGGAUUAUCAAGCUAAGAUAAAAAUUAUCCAAGCAUUACUUGGAAUUAAAUUUAAAUCAGUAUAAGAAUUAAGAAACUCAUAACUGUAUAUUAAUUAUUAUUCGUUUAAAUUUUUAUAAGUUUUUGA